AAGGUAUUUAGAAAGUUUGUGGUCAGCAGGCUUGAGUUCAUUGUACAAACUUUAAAUCUCCACUGGAAAAACGUUUGUUUGACCUCUUUUGACUUGCAAACUUGAAAAAAAAAACUUACCCCCAAACAGUGUUGCUCCAGAGGAUGGGCUAGGAAACAGCUGCCGAGGGAUGAAGUCUCCACCUCUCCUCGUGGCUGCGCUCAUGGCGUGCAUCAUUGUUUUGGGUUUCAAUUACUGGAUUGCAAGUUCUCGCAGCGUGGAUCUGCAGGGUCGGAUCAUGGAUCUGGAAGGCAAAGUCCGCAGGGCGGCAGUGGAGAGGGGAGCUGUGGAGCUCAAAAAGAAUGAAUUCCAAGGGGAGCUAGAGAAGCAGCGAGAGCAGAUCGACAAAAUCCAGUCCUUGCACAGCUUUCAGAUGGAAAAUGCCAACAGAGUACAUCAGGAAGAGAAGGCAGUGCUGAUGGGUAACAUCACAGUGAAUGAACAAUUGGUCCAGAGUCUACGAGAACGCUUGAAAGAGUUACAGACAGACUAUAGAAAGCUACAGAUGGAUGUUUACUGGUUUCGGAAGAACCAGACUAACCUUCAGAAGAAGUUCUCAUAUGACCUGUCACAGUGCAUCAACCAGAUGAAAGAAUUAAAAGAACAAUGUGAAGAAAGGAUAGAUGAACUUACAAAAAAGGGUAGUGAUGUACCACAAAUCAAAGAAAACAAAGACUUCUCAGAAGAUUCAAAAAAAAAUAGCCAGAUUAAUAUUCAACUGCCAGCCUUGAAGCAAACCGAGUUCAAGCAGGCUGACUUGGAACAGCAGAAACACAAUGAAGAUGUACCUAAAGCAGUACCUACAGUAAAAAAGAUAGACUUGCUGCAGGCUAAAGAAAGAAUAAACAGCCUAGCUGACAUCAGAAAACAGGAGCCUAAGGCAGAAGAGAAGCUUUCUAGUGAACUGAAAGCCCCACAGGAUUCACUCAAGGCUGCUGCAGGUCAUGAGGAGAUGCUGCCCAAGUCAGAGAAGGAGCUGAAUCCAUCUGAAGAUGAAAAACGUGUAGCGGGGCAAGAUGUGUUACAGCCGGCAGCAGAGCAGGCUGCCAGUGAGGAAAUUGAGAGGGAGCAACUCCUGAAUUACGAUGCUAAGCAGGAUGACUUGCCCCCUGGAAAGGCUGACAAACAGGAACACGAAGCACUGAACCAGGACGUUGAUUACAAUUUAGAUGAGAAUGAAGCUGAAUCAGAAACAGACAAGCAAGCAGCACUUGCAGGGAUUGAAAAUGUUCGAAACCCUGAAGAUACGAAGAACCACUUAUCUGAGCAAGGUGAAGAAUGAGAGAGGUUGUGAGCAAAGGAGGUUCACGAUGCAACUUAGUCACCUCUUCAUAUAAACGCAGCAAUGAUGAGAGCAAAGUGAUCUGAGAAUGUUUUGAUUAUCAUCUUCUCAAGGCUUCAAUAAGAGCCCAGAUGAAGUAGUAGUUUCUUGUGAAGUUUUCAUACUGUUUCAGUGGUGAAAAAAUUAAUCUUAAAUCUCUGGAGGCUUGUUUUAAAGCACCUUGAGCUCUCCAAUGACUCUUUCCUUCCUACCGA